UGUGUCAUGUAUUGAGACGCAAGUUUCAAGCAUAUUUACUGAAACUUGGUUGCAAGACACAUUCCCGUUAACUUAACGGCGUGGUUUGAAAUUUGGACUUUUGGUCUGCAAUGACAUUGGGAUUUGGAUCGCAUUAGAUCGUUGACUGGAAACAAGACCCACAAGUGUUUAAUCUCACAUCUGAGCUGGCUAAUGUCAACAAUUUAAUCCAAAGGGAAACACAGUGCAAAGCAAACGGCCCGGGACGACUAAUUGUUUGUAAACCCAGCCCCAUUUUUCCUCCUUUGUUUGUGGUUGAUUUUGACAGGACUGCCUUGAAGUCGGACGCCAAUUUCAGGGCGAGAAAGAGUUUGUGAGGGUGGAAGAAAGUGGUGCCUACGGCGUUGACCUGAGUGUGACCUGGGCGUCUCCGAGUAACUGCUGCCGAUGAACCGCUUUCCCGAGGCUGGGCCACAGAGCCCAAGACGCACGAUGUUGGUGCUAGCGACAGGAUUUGCUGCAACAGCCGGCCUGGGGCUCGCAGUGCUCGGGCUCAGGCGUCUCCUGCAGGCUUACUGGCAACGCUACCCCGAGCCCAAACUGGUCAAAGUGGCUGAGGUGUCCAGAAUCUUCAUUUACCCGGUCAAAUCAUGCAAAGGAAUUCCGCUGACUGACGUGGAGGUUAAUCAACUGGGACUGCAGAAGGGCCCGCUAAAGGACAGGCAAUGGCUUAUAGUUGAUGAGAAGUGGCAUAUGAUUACUGGUAGGGUAGAGCCUACAUUGGUGCUGGUCUCUGUAUCCAGUGAAAAUGGCUUUCUAUGUCUUAAUGCCCCGGGCAUGGAAGAGCUGAGAGUUCCUUUGAAGUUGCCUAAGUCAAAUCCUGUAAAGAUGUGCAGAGUAUGGGGAUGCAAUAUAGAAGGUAGAGAUUGUGGUGAUGAAGCUGCCAAUUGGAUUACUACGUACUUAAAAAAUAGCAAGGCCUUCCGACUGGUGUGCUAUGAACCUUCCAUGCGACCAAGAUAUCCAAAAGAAAAGGAGCCACUUUUCGUGGAGAAAGACAUGACGGUGUAUAAUGAUACCAGUUCCUGCAUGAUGAUGUCUGAGGAAACUGUCGAAGAUUUCAAUACCAAGUUGGAGAAAAAAGUUAAAAUUGAGAAUUUCAGGCCCGUGGUAGUAGUGAAGGAUUGUAAGCCAUAUGCUGAGGAUACAUGGAAAGGUCUACAGAUUGGGACUGCAAAAUUGCACCACAGGAUGUAUUGUACCAGAUGCGUUUUCACAACUGUAGAUCCUGAUACAGGAAUCAUAGACAGGAAGGAGCCACUGGAGUCACUCAGGAGAUACCGUCAGUGUGACCCAUCUGAAAAACACAUUUACAAAUCUGUCCCCGUGAUUGGUUCACACUAUGGGAUUGAAAAACGUGGAGUGAUUCGUGUAGGGGACCCUGUGUAUUUGAUUGUUGAUCAGUAGGAAUGAACGAUAACAGAAAAAGCGCUGUUUCUCUUUUAAAAGGAUGAAAAAUUUAAUGUCUUUACUUGUGGAAACACUUAUCAUUGUGCCAUUAAUUGCUUGUAAAGGUCAUCAGUUGAGGAUUUAAGUGAAGCUAGAGUUUUUCCUGCUGAACGUUGCUUUAAUUGAAUAAUUAUUUUCUUAAAAGAUGAGCUCGUGAAUUAUUGGCCUAUUUCUACAAUUUUUUAUUGGUAUGAAACAUUUAAUCAUUGUUGAAAAGUACUGAAUAUUAUUGCUAGGCAUUUGCUUUAAAAACCUACAAGGAGUUAGUCACUUCCAUACCUUUAAAUUUUAUUCCAUCCUUACUUCUGAGCUUCCUCCCCCACACCCUCCUCCAAAUAUGCAGUUACUUUUAACGAAAAGCUGCGAGAAUUGUCUUUGAUGAUCUAGCAAGCCCACCCCAUGCAAAGAGCUGAAGUAACCGAUCCAAGUAGUGACAAGUUCACUGAAAUACUUAAAGUCAGUGACUUUGUGUUUGUCAAUAUUAAUUCUGCUCCACAUCAAUCUUUUCAAAUUCAACAGGAACAUUUGCUAAUCCUUAACUGCACACAACAGUGUUAAAUGUGUGUCUAUAUCCAGAACAGUUGAAAAUGGGUGGGAAGAGGGAUGAUAUUUCCAGCAUAUUAAAAGAAGUGAAAAUAGCUGAUAAUGUGGUACCCAAUUGUGAAAGGGUAAAAUCAGCCAUAAAAGUAGGAAGUUCACCAAUGUAUACUUCAUUUAUUAGUAUUGCUAUACUUUCUCUGAAAUAAAAAGUAUUUCUGUGAACCACUUCAGUUGGUUAAAAUGCUGAGCUGCCAUCUGCCUCAAAAUUCAAGUAUGUGCAGAUUUUAGGUUUCAUGUUUCUCCCACUCUUCCUCUUUUAGACAGUGACAUGCACUCACAGUUUUUUUUAAAACUUGGUUUUUAUUCUUAAAGUAGUAAAUUCAGAAUAACAUAAAGAAGCCCAUCUAACUUGCAAGAAGGCUAAGCUUCUAUUGAAUUUUGGGUGAAAGCGAGGACUGCAGAUGCUGGAGAUCAGAGACAAGAUUAGCGUGGUGCUGGAAAAGCACAGCAAACUUCAUCAGGAUUCUUGAUGAAGGGCUUAUGCCCGAAACAUCGAUUUUCCUGCUCCUCUGAUGCUGCCUGACCUGCUGUGCUUUUCCAGUACCAUACUAAUCUCUUCUAAUGAAUUUUGCAGAGUGUGAAUAUCAAUUGCUGCAGGUGGUUUACAUAGAUUCUUUGUCUGAAGGCUCUUUCCCUGAUGAAUAUAACUUUUUCUACUGUGCCAAUCAGUGGUUCCAGUAGUCCAAUUAAUUUUGGUAAUCUAUUCCUCUCUGGAGUCAGUGCUGAAUUUACUUGCUGAUCGUGCUAUGGAUUAGAUAAAUAACUGGUGAGCAAUGGUUUAAUGAAAUAAGGUGAUAUUGUGAUAAUGUGACUGCAUAACUUAGCUUUUAGUCUUCUGUCUAUUUAGAUAAUGAUGUCUAUUUUAAAAUCUUUAUAGAAAAAUGGAAACUUUAAUUACUUCCAUAAAAAUUAUUUGGAUUUUUUAAUGUGCUUGCAUUCGUAUCUUGAAUAUAGAUCACCUUUUGUAAGUCAGUGUCAUUUAUUUAUAUAGCGUUCCUGUGAAGCACCUUACCAUGUUUUAUUUGUUAAGAAGUGCUAUAGAAAUACAAUCUGCUGUUGUUACACUGCAUUUUUGUUGAGGGGCUGAAUGUAAGACCGUAUCAAUGCAUGUUAUGAAUUGUAAUUAUAUCUUAUUUUUCUUUAUAGACAAGCGAUAACCAAAAUAAAUCUGGGAAAUAUACAAAUCAA